AUGUUGCCACUAUUGGUGUUGCUGUUUCUGCUUCCUCCCAUGGUGUGCAGACUAGAUGAUGUGACCAAUCUUCUCCUUGUUCCCCAUGAGUGGUACCAGCCAGGUGACCUCAUCAUUGGUGCAAUUACUUCUCAGAUAUUUUACGUUUUCUCUGAAAUUCUUUUCAAGGAGCACCCUUCACAGAAAAUGUUUGAGGUUCCACAAAUGCUGACAAAAUUCUACCAGCACACCAUUGCUGUGGCAUUUGCUGUGAGAGAGAUCAAUGAGAAUCCAAAGAUUUUACCCAAUGUCACACUUGGGUUCCACAUCCAUGACAGCUACUAUGAUGCAAGGAUGACCUAUUGUAGCACUCUAGGUCUGCUCUUCAAGUUGCAUAGAUUUGUCCCCAACUACAAAUGUGACACCCAGAAAAACCUCAUAGCCAUCAUUGGAGGACUUGGCUCUGACACAUCUUUCCAUAUGGCAGACAUCUUAGACUUGUACAGCAUUCCACAGCUGACAUAUGGUUCAUUUCCUUCAAAGGAGAGCAAUAAAAGACAGGUUACGUCUUUGUACCACAUGGUGCCCAAUGAAACCCAAGAGUACAUGGGGAUUAUCACAUUGUUGAAGCAUUUUGGAUGGACAUGGAUUGGACUCUUUACUGUGAAUGAUAACAGUGGAGAACAUUUCUUACGGACAAUGGAGUCCUUGUUUUACCAGAAUGGAAUGUGCUCAGCCUUCACACGGCAAAUCCCACACGUACCCCAUUUCAAUGAAAUUGGUGAUGUUCUUGACCUAGCCUCAAAUAUUUAUAUACCAUUCACAGAUGAUAAAGCCAGUACAUUUAUCAUCUAUGGAGAAUCUUUGACACUGACGUGGCUGACCGUAAUUAUAGUUAUGCGGGAUCCUAUAAAUAAUGAAAUCAUGUCGUUAAGAAAAGUGUGGAUCUUGACAACCCAGACUGAUUUUGUAUUAGUAGGCUUUCAAAGAGGAUGGGAUCUCCAGUUCUUUCAAGGCACCAUUGCAUUCUCAAGUCAUUCAAAAGAACUUACAGGGUUCAAGCAUUUUCUUGAAGUUGCAAAGCCUUACUGGACCUCAGGAAAUGGUUUCCUCAAGGACUUCUGGGAGCAAGCAUUUGACUGUACAUUUCCGACUCUUCAUGAGCGAACCAAAGUAAAUGAAACAUGUACUGGUGAGGAGAGAUUGGAGAGCCUUCCUGAGCCACUGUUUGAAAUGAGUGUGGCUGGCCACAGCUACAGUAUCUACAAUGCUGUCUACGUUGUGGCUCAUGCUUUGCAAGCCAUUUACUCUACUAGAAUGAAGGACCGGAUAAUGUUGCGCUAUAAAAGAUUUGAACUUCAAGAGCCACAGCCUUGGCAGCUCCACUCUUUUCUUCAAAGAAUUUAUUUUAAUAACUCAGCUAAAGAAACAGUUUCAUUUAAUGAUAAAAGAGAAAUAGGGGGUGGAUUUGACAUCAUGAAUUUUGUCACAUUCCCAAACAAGUCCUUCCGUCAAGUGAAAGUUGGAUGGGUGGAUCCUGAGGCUCUUGAAGGAAAAGAAUUCAUCAUUCAUGAGGACAUGAUUGUGUGGUACAAUGGUAUUCACCAGGUGGUGCCUAUUUCUGUGUGCAAUGACUACUGUCACCCUGGCAAUCAGAAGAAAAGGAAGGAAGAGGGGAAAUUUUGCUGCUAUGAUUGUGUCCCAUGCCCAGAAGGGAAGAUUUCAAACCAGAGUGAUAUGGACGACUGUUUCAUGUGCCCAGAAGAUCAGUAUCCAAACAAGAACAAAAACAGAUGUGUUGCCAAAACUCUGAACUUUCUUUCUUAUGAAGAACCAUUAGGGAUCAGCUUAGCCUCAAUUGCUAUUUCUUUUUCUCUAGUCACAACUUUUGUGCUAGCAAUAUUCAUUAAGCAUAGAAACACCCCCAUUGUCAAAGCAAACAACCGGGACCUCACGUACAUUCUCCUUGUCUCCCUCCUACUCUGCUUUCUCUCUUCUUUCCUAUUCUUUGGUCAACCUGGCAAAGUGACUUGCCUCCUCCGACAACCAACUUUUGGCAUCAUCUUCUCAGUGGCCAUUUCUUGUGUGUUGGCCAAAACCAACACUGUGGUUGUAGCUUUCAUGGCCACCGAACCAGGUUCCUGUAUGAGGAAGUGGGUAGGGAAAAGACUGUCUCAUUCCAUUGUCCUUUUCUGUUGUGUUAUCCAAGUAAGUAUUUGUAUUGUGUGGUUAUCAACCUCUCAACCAUUCCCUGAUUUAGACAUGCACUCAGUAACUGAAGAAAUCAUUCUGCAAUGUAAUGAGGGGUCCAUUGCUAUGUUUUAUUGUGGCCUGGGAUACAUGGGUCUCCUGGCUUUUAUCAGCUUCAUUGUGGCCUUUAUAGCCCGCAGGCUACCUGAUAGCUUUAAUGAAGCCAAGUUUAUUACUUUCAGCAUGUUGCUAUUUUGCAGUGUUUGGUUGUCCUUUAUCCCAACUUUUCUGAGCACAAAAGGGAAAUACAUGGUGGCUGUGGAGAUCUUCUCCAUCUUGGUCUCCAGUGCUGGGUUAUUGGGUUGCAUCUUUGCCCCUAAAUGCUAUAUCAUUGUUCUGAAGCCAGAACUGAACAGCAGAGAACAACUAAGGAGAAGAAAGAAUUAA